CACUGACAUUUAGCUUGUAUUCUGGAGAAUUAGUACCUACUUGUUGUCUACUUGUUGUUGGUAAACGAAGUUUUUUAUUAUCGUUUGUUUAUUUUUUAUCAUUUUGGUUAUCUUUAUUAUUGAAGUUUGUUAUUAUAUAUUUUUUUAUUAACGUUAAAAGAGAAACAGAACUGUUGUUGAUAUAAAAGACAGGACUUUUUUAUCACAAGGCCACAUAGCCGCGAUAGAAAUAAUAUGUUAAUUUGAAUACGACUUACAAGUGCAAAGUCUAAUUCGAUAGGCUGUGUGUGGACCUAAAGGAAACAACUGUAUAAAUAAAUAUCGUAAAUAUGGCUUCAACACUGAGACGAACAUUUUCGCAAGUAAUAAAUAAAAGAAAUAUUCACUUUUCAUCCAUACUUCAACAGAGCACAGGUUCUAAAAUACUUAAAUCAGUGUUUAAAAAUCUUGAGGAUACUAAUUACACAGUAAAUGAAUUUGUGUGGCAAAAUUUGGACAGAUGGCCAGACAAAACUUUUACGGUAUGUGCCACAACUGGACAUGGAUAUACCUACGCACAAACAUACCGUAUGUCCAUAACAUUUGCAGCAUCCUUACGAACAAAAUUAAAACUGAAGAACGAUGAUACAGUUGCUAUCAUAUUGCCGAAUGUUCCAGAAUACCCUUGUAUUACAUUGGGUAUUCUAGAAGCAGGUUGCAUCAUUAGUAUGAUGAAUCCAGCAUAUAAUGCUCAUGAACUGAAACGACAGUUUGAACAAAUUAAAUGUAAAGCGAUUGUUUCCUCGAAAGCUUCAUACGCAAAUAUAUCAGAAGCACUGAGUGCAAUGAAUAAAAAGCUGCCUGUGAUUCUCAUUGACAACGAUUCGAUUCCUGAAGGGACGAUAAAGUUUGCCGAAUUCGCCAACGAUUUAAACGUGGACAUAGAUUGUUUGAAGUCAGUUAAAAGGAGUCCUAAGGAUGUUGCUAUCAUGCCCUUUUCCAGUGGUACUACUGGUUUCCCUAAAGCAGUGGUUAAUACACAUAAAUCUAUUGUGUCCUUCAAUAAAGCAAUUUUAGAUCCUAACAUUAUCGCGAUAGAAGAGGCAUCAGCAAACUACCAAUCAGUGUUGCCAGGAAUUCUACCAUUUUUCCAUAUAUUCGGUUUCAACGCAUUGAUGUUGAAUCUGAUGUGCGUGGGGGUAAAAUUGGUGACGCUUAGCUCUUUCAAGCCUGAAGUAUUUUUGGAAACGAUUGUUCGCCACAGAGCACAGCAUAUGUACGCUGUACCACCAAUGAUAAUAUUCCUUGGUAAACAUUCUGCGGUUACUCCAGCACAUGUGCAAUCGUUAAAGACUAUUGUUUGUGGUGCAGCCUCUUUGGCUAGGAGUGAUGCUGAGGCUCUGCUUAAGAAAAAUAGGAAUAUCAAUUUCCGUCAAGGCUAUGGGUUGACUGAGACAAACGGUGGGAUUUCGGUGGCGAAGAAAGGAGAUAAUAACCAUGCGGCUGUCGGCCAUGUUUUUGGCAGCUGUGAGGUUAAAAUUGCUGACUUGGAAACACAGGAAGCUUUGGGCCCCAAUGAGGAGGGUGAAAUCUGGGUCCGUGGUCCAAUAAUGAUGCAAGGCUACUAUGAGAACGAUGCAGCUAAUAAGGAAGUAUUCACAGAGGAUGGUUGGUUCAAGACUGGAGAUAUCGGCAAAUAUGAUGACGACAAAUACUUGUAUAUUACUGAUCGACUUAAGGAACUAAUAAAGGUAAAGGGUUUCCAAGUGCCUCCAGCGGAAUUGGAGACAAUACUGCGAACGCAUCCGAAAGUUCUAGAUUGUGCCGUCCUAGGUAUCAAAGACGAAAUCUCUGGCGAGGCGCCCAAAGCCUUUAUAGUAACGCAGCCGAAGCAAACACUGGACCCUAAAGAAAUAAUCGAAUUCGUGAACAAACAAGUAUUACCCUUCAAGAAUAUAAAAGAAGUGCAAUUCGUCGAUUCGAUCCCGAAAAAUCCUGCGGGAAAAAUAUUGAGAAAAGAUUUGAAGGCGAAGUAUUGCUAGUUUUAAGACCACAGAUUAUAUAAACAGCUCUUGUAACACCUUCAUAUUAAUAUGAAGAUUUGAUUAAGACCAAAAAAAAUCGAAUCAUUGAAUAAGGUUUAUUAUUGAAAUUAUGUAUUUAUGUUAUGUAAAAAACAACAUAUAUAAUAAGUUUGUCAUUGCAUAAUUUACGCCUAAUUAUGUAUUUUAUCAUAAUUGCUUUUAUAUUUUAUAUUGUAUUUAAAAACCUACCUACCUAUUUUGCUGUUAAUAUUUGUUGUAUAUAAUUCUAUAACUAAUCUUUGUAUAAUCUUUAAAUAUUUCUAAACUCGAAUAUAUAUUUACACGACGUAUUACUACAUAAGACUGAAAUAGGAAUUUUCUUUCUAAUUGAAAAUUAUCUUAGAAUUCGGAUAAAAUGGACCAUAGAUAAAUCUCAACAAAAUUAUAUAAUCUGAAAAUUGAUUUUAAAAUGACGUUUAUUAAUUAGAUUUGGCCCUUUCCAUUUUUUUUUAUUUUAAGCAGUUGUUAAGAAAGGUUACG